GUUUCUCCGGGCACCCAACAUAUAAAAGGAGGUGGAAGUUGAGGAGCACAAUACGGUCUUCGGCUCCAGCCACCGAGGACCACUUACAUUGCUCUUUCUCUCUCUCCAACUAACCUCGGUGAACAAGGAUGAAGUUACUACUGGUGUCACUCUUGGUGGGGUGCGUGAUGGCAGCGUCCCUGCCACGACACCAACGACAAGUCUUUGGCAACAGAAUCUCUCUCCAGUCGUCCCAGGGGUACCUUCCACCACGACCAGAGCCCUGUCAACCGUCUACCGUCUACCGUACACAGACACAGUACUCCACCCAGGUCAUCCCUACCACCGUCUACAACACUGACGUGCAGUACGUCACUCAGACGUCUGUCCGUACACAGCAGGUCUACACCACUGUCUACUCCGAGAUCGUCCGCACACAAGUGGUUUCUUCCGUCCAGUACCAGACAGUGACCGUCACACGCACCCAGGACAACGUCCGCACACAGGUCGUAACUCUGCCUCCUCAGAUCAACUACGUCACUAAGACGCAACAAGACGUGAGGACACAAGUUCAGUAUCAGACUGUAUACUCGACCCGCAUCCAGCAAGUACCAUCAACAAUUAUCAGGAACGUGGUGUCGACAUUAGUAGUUCCUCAACAGAUAGUCAGCACAAUCUACCAGACCCAGUAUGUGACCAGAACCCAGCAGGUCCCAGGACAGACCCGUACAGUGGACAGUACUCAGUACAGUACCAUCUACUCCACCGUGGUGGUACCUGCUCAGGACGUGGUGAGUACAACUCAAGUUAUCCGCACCAACAUUGUCACUCAGACCAUCACUCAGCCAGGUCAGACCCAGGUUAUCACCUCCACCCAGGUGGUGCCCGUCACUACCACCAUCUUCUCCCAGGUGGUGCUUACCAGCACCCAGACACAGUACGUGGCACGCACCCAGGUUCAACAGGUGGUGUCUACCUUGGUUCGUACACAGCAGGUACCAGAAUACAUUACCAGAGUCGUAACUGUGCCACAGGAAGUGCUCAGUACACGGGUAUCAACACAGGUGGUGCCUACAACCAUCUACACUCAAACAACGAUUCCUUCCGUAGUGACCCUCCCUGGCCAGACCCAGUACGUAACCGUCACCAGCACCGUCAUCAGUACCAACCAGCUGCCGGGGCAGAUUCGCACACAAUACCAGACCACAACCAUCUACAACACCAACUACGUCACCUCCACAGUCUUCAACCAGCAGUACAACACCGUGACAGCCACUAGCACCUACCAGCCCAACUGCAACACCGGCUACAACUAUCCUACACCCUCCCGAAGCUUCAAUGCUCUAGGCUAGCGAACUCUACCUAUGAUGAUUAUAUAAUGGCUGCACGUAGCCAAAUACUCUGAACUUAACGUGUCUGUUCUAUCGUGGGAAGAGAAUUCCUUCCUUCCACACUUACUUUUGUUUCUUAUAUUUGACAAAAUUCCUAUGAAAGUUCUGCAUACACUCAGUUCGGCAUUUUUUACUAGCAUUACCAGUAUAUAUAAACUAAUUUUGUACCUGUAUAUUAAAAAAAUCUUAAAUACUGAAUCAAAGUCUUAACUGAUGUAAUGUAUUGAAUAUUAUCUGUAUCUCUUUGUCAUCACGUUCAGCGGUGUCUGUCCAAAAUAUAUGAAAAUAUGUAUUUAUAGUCCAUAGUUUG